AGGAAAACUAUCGGGGUUCCAGGUACGGUACAUAGACACUGGACGUGUUUGCUUAUACGAAAUUAGUUUUAUUCAAAAAUAAAAAAGAAAAAAAAGUUGUGUCUGCAUAAAAAUAGUGCGUUGCAGUCGACGACGGUUAAUUUUUAAAUCAUUUUUUUUUGUUAAAUGCAUAUUUUAUUUUUUUUAAAUAAUAAUAUAAAAAUCUUAUUUCUGUUUUUGAGUGCAAAUAAAAAAAUCAAUUCAAUUCAAGAAAAUACCAAAGAAAUGUGAGAAAAAAUAUAGUGAAAAAUUUAUAUUUCUGUCUGUGAGCUAAUUAUAGUUUUAUUUUUGCUUCUAAAAAUUAAUUUUCAAAGGAAAGCCAAGAAAGUAUAAAUAAAAUUUAAAAAUUUAAUUUAAAAGAAGAAGAAAAAAAUCAUACAAAAGGUGAAGUGAGUGAGUGAGAAUAUUUCGUGUGAGGAAAAAGUUGUUGUAUUUCUUUUUUUUCGUGUCGUUUUGGUUCUGUGGUGCGAGAGUGUUUACGAAAUAAUUGGAUUUCCUGUGAAAUCCAAAUGGAUUAACUUGCCUCCAUAUACAGGAUACGGAUACGACACGGGAAAAUAAAAUGGAUAAGGCAGCGCACGCAUCAGAAUCUCAAAAGGAAUCAACAUCAGCUAUAGUACCAGCAGCAACAUUAACGUCAUCAUCUUCACCACCGAUACAACUUACUUUCAGUGAAAACUCCAGUUCCCUGGUCAAAUGCAUUCCCAACGAACGGGCUACAUUUUUUGUCAAGAUCGAUUGCCCCGAUGAUCCGGAGAUUCUCCCGCUUAAAUUUGAAUGGAGUCGUGGUGAAUUACCGAUUGAGAAUUCUGAUCGUUUCCGCAUAACACAGACCAGCAACGCUGUUCAGUUAGCCGUUGAGCAUGUCCAACGCGAAGACGCUGGUCACUAUACGCUCUACGCUCGCACCAAAGCGGGCAAUGUCAUACGCAAAGACGUCGAGUUAAUUGUCGAAGAUAGAUCGACAGGCGAUGAUCCACCGAUAUUUUUACGUCGCCUGGGCGAUCUAUCUGUCAAAGUAGGAACCCGAACAAGGCUGCUCGUUGAGAUUCGCAGCUCAACUGAUGUCAAGAUAACUUGGUAUCGAAAUGAUCGUCGAAUCUGUGAAAACGAUCGAAUUAAGCAAAUAAACGAAGGAUCGUUCUAUUGCGUCGAAAUAACUCCGGUAAUUCUGGAGGAUGGAGGUCAGUGGAUGGUUAUGGCAGAGAAUUUGGGGGGUCGAAACUCUUGCAUAGCCCAUCUAAAUGUCCUCGUUCCGAAGGCUUAUAAGUCACCAGAAUUUAUCGAAGAACUACGAGCAGUGCUCACCGAUCAGGGAACUGUUUCACUUGAGUGUAAAGUUGUCGGUAUACCGACGCCGGUAUUGAGGUGGUUUAAAGACUCGAAGGAAAUUAAGGCUGGCGAUGUUUUCGCACUCACUGCCAAUCCCGACGAUCCCACCUCACUGGGAACGUAUACUUGUGAGGCGGUCAAUUGUAUGGGUAAGACAUAUUCGAGUUCAAAGGUUCAUGUCGUUGGUAGGGGCAGUCGUGAGGGAUCACUAAAGCCUGCAGAUAGCGUUCAAAAUAAUGCACCGCCUCCGAUAUUUACAAACGAAUUGCGUGGAACAUCGGUACGCAUCGGUGACACAAUAAUUCUCGGCUGUCAAGUUGUCGUUCCUCCAUGGCCAAAAACUGUAGCCUGGUACAAUAAGGAGGGACGCGUUGAAGCCAACGAUAAAUACAAACUAAUCGAAGAUGGUCUAGGAGUUUAUAUGAUCGAAAUUAAGCCAUCCGAAAAUUGUGAUGAAGGUGAAUGGAAAUGUGUUGUAACAAGUCAGGAAGGAUGUGUUGGAAUAUCUUCGUGUUCUGUAGCAAUGGAUAUUCCUAAAAACUAUCGUAAACCUCGUUUCAUGGAGAGCCUCAAGGCUGUACUAACUGAAGAAGGCCUCGUAUCUUUUGAGUGUAAAGUUGUUGGAUUUCCAACUCCAACUCUAAAGUGGUUCAAAGAUGGACAAGAGCUGAAGCCUGGUGAUGUCUAUCAAUUGACAGGAACUAAUUCUCUUGGAACUUAUUGCUGCAUAGCGAAGAAUUGCAUGGGUGAGAACAGCAGUGUUGCUGUUCUUACUAUUGAAGAUAUAGAAAACCAGCUUAACGAUGAAGAACGAAUUAUGUUUACAAAGCAAAAUCAACCACCGAAAUUUGUGUCAGGUUUAAAAACACAAGAUGCUAAGAUAAACGAACCUUUCCGAUUUACAGUAACGGUGAAGGCUUUACCAGACCCAGUUCUGUCCUGGUUCAGGGAUGAACUGCCAAUUGAAUCAAAUGAACGUUACAAUCACUACGCCGGUGAAGCAGAGACUUAUCAUUUGGAUGUGAAAUGUGUUGAGUUUGUCGAUCAGGCUGAAUGGAAGUGCGUAGCAGUGAAUGAUUUCGGCACAAGUGUCACAUCGUGCUUCCUGAAACUGCAAAUUCCUCGACACUUCAAGAAGCCACGUUUUCUUGAGUGUCUUCGAGCUGUACUAACUGAAGAAGGAGCUGUAAACUUGGAAUGUAAGGUAAUUGGGGUUCCUCAGCCGGUUCUUAAAUGGUACAAGGAUGGAAUUGAACUAAAGCCAGGUGAUAUCCAUCGAAUAAUCUCGGGACAGGAUGGAACUUGCUGUUUGGGAACUUACACAUGUGAGGCAAGGAACUGCAUGGGAGUAGUUGCUAGCUCAGCGUCCCUGCUUGGUUUUGAAGAUGCGUACAAGAACCAAAAACCCGAACCUCCAGUCAAUGAACUUCAAAGAAACUUCUCGCUGUCCACCAUCCAAGAGGAGAGAACAUCUCAAAUGUACGAGAGUGCCGUUGGAGAUAUUUCCAUCGAUGAGAAAGGGGACAUUUCAUUCUCCUUCGAUGGGAAGGAAGUUUCUGUUUCUCUCUAUGAAACGCCAGAUCUUACAGAAGAAGAAGCUCUUAAAAUUGUUGAAAUGUACGCCGACCAGAUUUCGGAACAUGUCACGGAGCAAAAUAUUGUCGAGUUACCUCCUUUAAGGUUCAUUAAAGAAACUUCACAAUCCGGAAAUUUGCUUAUGGAAGCUGUUGUCAUAGAUAUCGCUCCAGACUAUUUCGUUCACGAAGAAGAUAUGCGCACCGAAGCUGGCAUGGAUGAUAUUUCAAUAUGUGAAGUUACCAUUCAUGGUUCUUCUGGAGGACAAGACGAACCACCACUCGAUAAGGAAACAGAAGAGUUUGCCAAGAAAAGCAUGGAAAAAAUGGAAGAAGAGCUUUCCAUGUCAGCACCGAUAAGAAAACGCAAAAAGUCACGUGGUACCGAAAUUGAUGAAUAUUUCAGUUUGUCGAAGGCAUCAGGAAGUCAAGGCGAUGAAGACACCUCUGAGCUGCAGACAUUUGCAAGCGCUAGCAACCAUAUGACUUCAUCGAAAAUUGAAUCCAUAGAAAUGGAAGAAGUUCGUGCUGAGGAAGAAAUCCAACCACCAAAACGAAAGAAGGACAAGAAAAGUCCUGAAACUGAUUCAUCUCUUACCACUGACGCCGAGGCUAUUUUACAGGACAUUUCAGGAGCUGCGGGUGAUGGUCUUCAAUUGAGAAAGCCAUCGAAAGCAGUAACGGAUGAUAAGGAAAUCGAGAAAAAUCUUAAGUCCCUGCUGCCACUUGCUAAACUCUUGAAAACAAUAGAAACUCAUUUGGUUGCAGUGGAGAGCGAAGUGACUUCGCAGUCUGCCAUGAUGAUGUCUCCAACUUCAGCUGAACAAAGUAUUGGAAUUAUCCGGAAUGUCCUGGAGCCAAUUAAGCAGAUUCAAGGCAAAAUGAAGGUUUACUCUGGAGAGAUUCCUAUCGAAGUUCUGUUCCAGUCAAUGGAAGGCGAUAUUAGGGCUUUGCACACUGGCUUACAGGUCAUUGAAAAGUGUGUAGCUAUGGACGAGACCGGAAUGACUCUUAUUCAAAGAACCAGUGUGUGUAUUAUUGACAGUGUGGGUGAACAGUUUGUGAAGACUUUCGAAGAAGUCAAGAACAUCGCUAAAAACUUUGAAUCGGAGCAUAUUAAAAUGCAAACCGAUAUAACAGCCGAGGAUAUUCAACAGGGAAUUCAAAUAACUCAGGACACGAUCAAAUCGCAGGCACUUUUGCAAGAAGCUCAAGACAUUGAAACAGCUCAACAUGUCUCCGAUUCAGUUGCAAAGCUCCAAGCAGUACCACAAACUGUUCCUUUUGACGCUGUGACUGAAGCAAAGCUUCCAUCAGAAGCUGAUUCGUUAAAACUUAUCUGUCGACCGGUGAUUAAGAUUCAACAGGCUUUAGAGAACAUUGAGAAUGAACUGUCCAUGGAAGAAAACGAAGAAGAGCUUUAUUCUCGGGUACACGAAAUGGCACUGUUGAAUCUCCAGGGUCCAAUUGAUGAGCUGCAGCUAGAAGUGGACAAAGUAGAACAAAAGGUCGUCGCUGCGGCAGGAAAUGAGUCCAUAGAGCAAAAAAUCAAUAUGACUAUAUUGGACAUUGUCAGCCCUCCUCUUUUUGAACUGAAGAAGGGUUUGGAAAUAAUCUCAAAGCAGUCAGCGGGAAAUAUCCAUUCUGGAAUGAUGACAGUGAGUGCAAUUGAAUCAAUGGUGCCACCAUUGCAGGAGAUCCAAAAUGGUCUAGCCCAGUUGGGUCAAGACAUCGAAUUCGGCCAAGUUAAGGAAGACUUUGCCCCCGACUCAGCUGAUACUCAGAAACUUCUUCAAUCAUUGGCACAAGCUGUUUUGCACUUUGAAUCGAAUAUUGAACGUUUAUCACCAAGACUAUUACCAAAUCUUCAAGGUGGGUUGGUGGGCUUGAAAGAUGAACUCUCCCGCUUGAUUGGAAACAUAUUGGAUAGCAACUUAAACAAGUACAGGCUAACAGUAUUGGAGAACCUUAAGACACCUAUUGAUGAAUUGAACUAUUGCUUGCGUCAAACAGAGCAAAAGUCCAUAUCAGGAUCAUUGAGCGACCUGAUCGAUCCAAUCCGAAGCUUGCGUGAGAAAGUUCAGCUUGGAGAAGAUAUCUUGUCUAUAUCAGAUGUUCAAAAGAAUGAAUUGAAUAUUGAAAGCUUGGUUCAGAUUCGGAAAAUAAUAAAAACAAUUGAAAUCGAUAUUGAAGAGCAUGAGUUCAAAUUGCUUCAGAAGGAGAUUGAGUUGGACGAAAAACAAGCUACUGAGGCUGACCAGUCCUUUGUUUCGAUGCGAGAAGCCUUGUCACUUCAAAUAGCAAAAGAAGAAGGACAGAGAACAAUCGAGAAAAUUGAAGAAAUACAUGAGUGUUUGGCUACUCUUCAGACCGAAAUGGUUCUGGAAGAAGCUACCUCCUUAACAGCUGAAAAUAUUUCGGUGUUAAAAAAAAUGGUCAAACCGGUGAAAGAAAUGUUGGAAUGUGUUGCCCAGGUUAAAAGUGGCGUUGCAUUUGAUACUGUUGAAGACUUCAGUACCGAUGUUAAUAUGAAGGUUCUUCAAGAGAUAGCCGAGCCCAUUAACGAUCUAGCGAUAGCCUUGAAAGUCAUCACUGCACCCAAGGUAGUCGAAGACCCGAAGUCCUUAACAACCCAUGAAGACAUUUCUGCCCUGAAAACCUUAGCUCAGCCGGUUCAGGAGUUGAGGAAUUGUAUUGCUAGACUUGGGCAAGAGGCCGCCUUUGAUGAACAAGUGCGAAGUAUGGACGAACAGCAAGCCAUUUUAAAAAUUGCUAAGCCAUUGAACGAGCUUCAGCAUUGCUUAGAUGGGCUUAUUCAACAGACGAUGGUCGAGACAAUGGAGGAUGUAUCAACUUUGGAAGAUGUCUCCACACUUAAAACAGUUGGUGAAACAUCUUCUCAGCAGGCACAUUUGAGCCAAGAAGAUAAGUCGCUGGAAGAAUUGGAACUUGACAGCACUAAACAACAGAAAGCAGAAGCUCUUCUCACUGGUCUUAGACAAGGUCUGACAUCGGUGGUAGCUUAUUGUUCGCAAUAUGACGUGUCAUCGUUGAAAGUGGAUACUUUAAAUAAGUUGCAUGCUACUGUUACCAAGCUUAAAGAUCUGGAAAAGUGCGUUGCUGAAGUUUGCGAAGUUAGCGUUCAUGAUCCAAAAGUUUCUGUUUCCGAAACAAUGUCAGAUGCUGGAACACUCGCAGAAGCAGUUAUGAGUCUUGAAUCUUGUGUUUUACAAGUUCAAGCCUACUUACCGGCAGAAGGUCUUCAAGACUUAUCAACCGAAAGCUUAACAAAACUAAACAUAUCAGCUCUAUCUGCCCCUUUGUAUGAGCUUAGAGAGUGUCUUCAAGUGUUCCAUACACAAGAGUUUGAAAACGUUGACACUUUUACGACGGCUCCCAAAGUUUCUCUGGCUUCUAGAGAGCUCAUCGAAGAAAUAACCCCAUUUAUUGUAGCUGUACACGAAAAUCAAGCUCUUGAAACUCUUCAAAGCUUAGUCGAAGUAGAAAAUCUGGAAAAGUGCAGACAAAUUUUAGCACCAAUUCAACAACUUCAGCAAGCAGUUCUUGUUCAUGAUCAAGGUCAUAUAUCGCAAGUUGACAAAGUAUCAAGCCAGUCCACUAUGGAAACUUUUGCAAAGCCUUUGAUGAGUCUACAAGAGGCAAUUGUUAACAUUCAAGAACAGUAUCCUUAUUCAACAUUUGAGACUUGUCCUGAGUUCAAAAUCUUACAAGCUAAAUCAAAUGCCAUCUAUCAACUCUUGAAGUACGUUGAACAUGUCAAUUGUGAAGCUCUAGAUAAUGUUGCAGAAAUGUCUACACAAGCUGAUAUCUCCGCUCUUGAAACGUAUGCCGCGUCUCUCGAAGGAAGUGAGAUAAUGCAAGCGGUCCAAAUAGAACAAAUGGUUGUGGAACCAGCUGAUAUAAAGGCUUGUGUUGAAGAUGGUAUCAAACAAAUUGACAACUGCCUUGAAAAACCAACCUUUAAGAAGUCUAAAGAUCUCAAAGAAGUCGAAGCCGUUAUGAAAGAACUUAAGAGCAGCUUCCAGCAGAUGCAAGUAGAGCUGAGCAAAGAGUCAGAAGGUGAGUCUUCGAUUUUAGCCAAAUCUAACAUCGCAAGAACUCUCUUCAAGCUCAAAGAGUGCCUGGUCCACACUUAUGAAGGUGGCUAUGAAGAGUCUCUUGAUGACAUCGAGAAGACGUUUGAAGACAUUCUGCAAGCUUUACCUGAGUUGGAAGUCCUAUUGGCUGAGGAGAUGAGCCACAAGGUUUUGGAUAAAAUAAUUGAAACCGUUUGUAUAUCAGAAAGUUGUGCAGAAAAUCAAGAAGUUCACAUGGAAUUUAUGAAGCACUUAGUGGUCCCAUUGAAAGAACUUGCUACUGACAUUGAAAAACUUGGAAAGAGUAGUGAAACUGAAGUAUCAAAAUCUUCGGCUCAAAUGGUUGGUUUACAAUCUCGUCUUAUGAACGCUUUCAGGGCACUGAAUGAGGUCAGUGAAAGUGUUCCGAAUGAGCUUUUGGAUCACGUUUUGACUGGACAAAGUGUAUUAGUUUCGGUGUUUGAUUUUAUCGAAGCAACCGAAUCUCUGCGGGUUAUUGAAGUCAUUCAGGAAAUCGACAAUCUGCUGAUUCCAUUGAGUGGAAUAAAUGAGAUUUUAGGUGAAACCCUGCAUCAGGCUGGUGGACAACAACUUCAGGAACUAUUGAAACCCGUGAAGGAAGCCCAAGAGCUUCUCACAACAGUUCAAGAACAAUUGGCAAGUGGAAGUGAGCUUGCCACUAAAUUAGCAACAGCCAAUGAGUUUGUCAUCCAAGACUUGCAAGAAAAGAUCGAAAAAAUAGAAAAAGAAAUUCUUGUCAAGGAAAAUCUUGCAGAGCUCACUGUUGACGAAGUUAAAGAUAUCCAAUCAAUAGCAGAACCUUUGGAGAAGCUUCAAGUUUCGUUGGUGGAAUUCGCAAAUCAGCAGAAAAUGGAGGUGAUUUCUGAAAUGGCUCACAAACGCAAAGCAGAAAUUGGGGAGACAAAAGAUGAUUCAAGUGUCACUGUUGAAGAAAAGGAUCAACAGCAAGUUCCAGAAAAGAAAAAAUCAAGGUUAUCAGAAAAUAGUCCAGAGAAAUUGGGUUCUGAAAAAGAUAUUUUGAAAGUCGAUGAUAAAAUUGAGAUUCAGGAGUCCUCCAAUCUCGAGACUUCUGAAGCAUUUGAGACUCAACAAAUCCCUACGAAGCAUGAAACUGAGGAAAUAAUUAUUAAAGAGUCAGCAAAAUCAUCAACAUUGAAAGAAGAAGUUAUUUCUGUUUCAUCAAAAACUGAAGUGAAGAAAGAACAACAUAAAGUUGACGAACUUGAUUUACAAACAAUUAAGACUCAAAUCGGGUCUGAGAUGUUUGAGAGUUUUGAAUCGUUAUGUUUGCUUAAAGGUCAAAUCAUUGAAGCAAAGGGUGUUAAAGUUCAGAAAGCAUCUCAAGAAAUUCUCAGCACUUUGGAAAUAACUGUUAGUGAUUUAGAAAAGGUUUUCGUCAGUAGUACUGCCGAUACAAUUGAAGAUACCCUCUUUCUUCCACUUUUUAAAAUGCGAGAUCUACUGGCAUUUAUAAAACAGAAUCCGGAACACUAUAAAGAGAAUACAGAUAUUUUAAAUAUGUCUAACAAACUUUUUACGUCAAUUUUAAACCAUAAUGUCGGCUUGAGAAGAGCUUUUCUGCAAGACAUAGUUCAAACGCCUAAAGAUGAAUUUUCGAAUAUAAUUCCUCUUUUGGAAGAAGCUCAGGGUCUAGAAACAUGUAGAAGCCUUCUCACAGUUGUAAAAGAAAUCGAUUCUGUAUUAACUUUGAUUGUCUCGAAAAAUGAAGGCUCUCUUGGAAGGUCUUCUGAAGCAUUUAUUAAACUUGAAGAAAAUCUAAGUAAACUAAAAGAUCAAGCAGAAGAUCUUGGUAAAAGAUUGCCAGCCACUUUCAGGCAGACAUGUGUGGAACCACUUGUGAAAAUAUGUGCAGCUGUUGGUGAUUCUAAAACUGAAGAUGUCAUUGAGGUUCUACAGGAAAUGGAAGCUCUAAAGGGACCUUUAAAAGUUUUGAAAGAAACAAUGGCAAGAAAUAUAAAGAAAUUUAAGGAGUCACAACAAUUGGAAGAAACUUUAGAAGCCAAUGCUGAAAAGAAGUUGAAAGAAUCGGAAAAAGUAAAGGAGUCAAAGAAAUCCGAAAAAGCAAUGAAGGUAGAAGCUGAAGAAAAAAAAGUUGAAACUGAAUCAAAAACCAAGGAGCUGACUUCUGAAGAAAUUAAACCAAUUUCUGAAGAUAAACCUCACAAAGUUUUGAAAGAAGAAUCUGAUGUAAUAAAAACUAGUGAAUCCUCUCAAAAGGAUUUCAUUCCAUCUGAAGACACUUCAGGCUCAAAGGCAACACAGAUUGAAGAUGGUGCACACAAACUUGUUUCUGGAGAUUCUCAACUAAGUGAAGACAAAGAAGAAGAAAAGGGGCCAAAAGAGAAAAAAAUUAAAGCAAAGAAAGAAACAGCUGUGGUUGAGAAAAUUAGUGAAAAGAAAACGGAAGCCAAGGCAUUGGAAAUUGAAAAGCUGGAAUCUCAAAAAGCUCAAUUACUUAACAAAGGAAAAGUGGAGCUGCAGAAAAUUGAAGACUCUAAGAAGGAUAUUCAAAUCACGUCAUUAGAAACUGAAUCAGCAAAGGCACUUUCAAUGAAAAAAGAGGAAAUAGUUCAAAUUGAAGAAGCUACAGCUACCGCAAAGAAAGCAGAAAUUAUAGGGGUUGGGGGAACACCAAUUGAAGAAGCAAAAUUACUUACUACAGAAAUUUUGAAGCAAGAAGUGGAAGAAUUAAAGCAAAAAAUUGAAGUUUCGGAAGUUGAAGCUGAAUCUAAAAAAGCUCAAUUGCUUGAGACCUCUGAGUUAAAAGAAGUCAAAGUAAAUGAGAAGAAGACUGAGACAACGGAAAUUGAAGAACAAAAUAUUCAACAAGCUCAAUUGCUUACGGAGGAAAAGAUAGAAGAACAAACACUUGAUGAUACUUCAUCUGUUCAAGUUGAUGCAACAAAAUUAAAAUCAAAAGCCAAACUCUUACAAUUAGAAGAAGCAGAGCUACAAGAAAUUAGUAAAACUGCAACUACAACUGAAUCAGAGGAAAUAAAAGCUCUAAAAGCAGACGUCUUAGAUGUGGAAAAACUUGAAAGUCAUAAAUUGGAAAAUUCAACAAAGAAAGUAGAAGUUGCAGUUGUGGAAGUUUCAAAAAUGGCAGCUGAGCAACAUUAUACUGAACCGGAAAGAUUGGAAGAAGGAAAAGUUUCAGAAUCUCCACAAAAAAUUAAGGAAGAAGCUAUUGAAGGUAUUCAGCCAUUAAUUGCUGAUGUAAGUGAAGUUAAACUAAUGGAAGAAGAGUCGUCUCCUAGAAAAGAUACUGAUGCCUUAAAUGAGAACGAAAUAAAGGAACAAACUGAAAAAUCAGAAGAUCUUUCUCAAGAACUUACAGCUGAAUCAGUCUCAGAAGUUGAUUCAACAAAAAUACUUAAAACGUUGGAUGUGAUUCACAAUUUGUCAGAAGAGUCUAAAACUGAGAUUACUAGUGCACUAGAUGAAUUAAAUGAUUUGAAUGAACAGCUUGCAGCUGGAGUUCCAGAUGAAGAACAACUCCUUCAAUCAGUGAGGAAAGCAUUCUUCAAACUAAGAGAAUGCAUAGUACACACUUAUGAUGGCAGCAAGACUUCCGACGAUGACGAAGAAUCUAAGCUUAAAAUUAUUGACGAAGCUUUCAAAGAUAUUCUGGAAUCUAAUUCUUUCGUAAGGAAUCAUAUUUGCAAUGAACUCAUGAGCAAUACAAUCGCUUCUAUUGAAAAUCUAAAUUCAUCUUUAAGUAAAGGUUCAAGUCAGAAAUUACCAAAGGAACUGGUUUCCCUAAUUCAACCUUUAGAUAGUCUAAAAGACUCAAUUGUGAUUUUAAUGAAAUCAGAUGUUGAUUCAUUUGAAAAGUCCUCAAAUCAAAUGAUUACCUUGCAGACUUGUUUAAUGAACACUUUUUUCAAGUUCGAUGACAUUGUAACAAGUCAGGAAGACAAGAAUGUUAAGGCAAUCUUGGUUAGUGCGGAGGAUGUUAUUUUGAAAAUUCAUGAUCACUUUGAUGUUCCUGAACAAUUUAUACCGAAGAUAAAUAUUUCAGAAGACUUAAGUCGUUUGUCUGGGCCUUUGGAAAGGAUUUUAAAGUUAUUGACUAUUGAACUGAUAAAAAUGGAUAAACUGGAAGUUGAAAUACAACAACUCGCAGAAAUGGAAGAAAAAGAACUAAGAGUUGAAGACAUAACUGAGAAAAAAUCAGCAGCAGGAAUUUCUGUAACGGAAGCUGAAAAAAUAAAAGAAGGCAAAGUAGAAGAUAGCACUCAAAAGCCUUCAUUAGAUGAAAUCAAGUCUGAAGAACCUCAUAGUGCUAAGAUUGUUGAACUUGGGGAAGCAGAGUUAGAAACUGUCGACUCUGCGAAAAUAUCAUUAGAAACCAUUGAAAUUUCCAAUGAAGUUAAGGUUGCAGAGAAAUCAAUAACUAAACCUGAAACUAUUGUUGAGAAAACAAUUGAUUCAACAACUCAGAAACCAGAGGUCAUCGAAGACAUUGGCGCGAAAAAAUCGACAGCUAAAGUUUCUGUUACAGAAGCCGAACAAGUAGAGGAACAAAUAAUAGACGACAAUUCUCGAAAACUUUCUUCAGCCGAUAUCAAAAUUGAAGAACCUAAAAGUGCUAAAAUUGCUGAACUUAAGGAAGCUGAACCAGCAACUGUUGAGGCUACUAAACAAUCUUUAGAAAUCACUGAAGUUUCAGAUGAAGUAAAGGUUGCAGAAAAGUCAACAACUAAACCUGAGGCUAUAGUUGAGAAAAUCAUUGAUUCAACAAUUCAAAAAUCUGAGGUUAUAGAAGACAUUACUCCAAAACUAACCAAAGGCGAAGUUUCUGUUACCGAAGCGGAACAAAUAGAAGAACGAAAAGUGGAAGAAAAUGCUCAAAAACUUUCUUUAGCUGAUAUCAAAACUGAAGUACCUAAAAGUGCCAAAAUUGCUGAGCUGAAAGAAGCUGAAACAGCGACUGUUGAGGCUGCUAAAAAACCUUUAGAGUUGACUGAAAUUUCAGAUGAAUUAAAAAUUGCAGAAAAGUCAGUUACUAAACCUGAGACUUUAGUUGAGAAAGUCAUUGAUUCAACAAUUCAAAAAUCAGAGGUUGUAGAAAAUAUAACUGUGGAAAAAUCGAUAGCUGAAGUUUCUGUAACAGAAGCUGAACAAGUAGAAGAACAAAAAAUAAAAGAUAAUACUCAAAAACUUUCUUCUACCGAUAUCAAGACAGAAGAACCAAAAAGUGCCAAAACUGCUGAGCUGAAGGAAGCUGAAACAGCAACUGUUGAGGAUGCUAAAAAAUCUUUAAAGGUCACUGAAGUUUCAAAUGAAGUAAAAGUAGCAGAAAAGUCAGUAACUAAACCUGAAGCACUAGUCGAAAAAGUCAUUGAUUCAACAACUCUUAAACCUGAGCUCAUCGAAGACAUUUCUCCGAAAAAAUCAGCUGCUGAAGUUUCUGUUACAGAAGCGGAACAAAUGGAAGAACACAAAGUAGAAGACAAUGUUCAAAAACUUUCAUUAACCGAUAUCAAGACUGAAGAUCCUCACAGUGCGAAAAUUGUUGAACUAGAAAAAGUAAAAAGUGAAACAGUUCCUGAGGCCAAAAAAUCUGUUAAAGUUACUGAUGUCUCGAAGGAAGAAAAAGUUGCAGAAAAAUCAGUCACUGAACCUGAAACUAUUGUUGAAAAAAUAAUUGCUCAAACAGCUCUAAAACAAGAAGUAAUUGAAGAUAUUACUGUGAGAGAGUUAGCAGCUGAAAUGAGUGUAACAGAAGCAGAACAAAUAGAAGAGAAGAAAGUAGAAGACAAAGCUCAAAAACUUUCUUUAGUUGAUGUCAAGACUGAAAAACCUCACGGUGCCAAAAUUGCUGAACUUAAACAAGCAGACGAAGAAACUAUUCAAUCCGCUAAAAAAUCUGUAGAGAUAACAGAUAUCUCGAACGAUGGAAAAGUUGCAGAAAAGUCUGUCACUAAAUCUGAAGCUGUUGUUGAGAAAGUUAUUGAUUUAGCAACACAAAAAGCUGAGAUCAUUGAAGACAUUAUUGCGAAAAAAUCCACAGCUGAUGUUUCUGUUACGGAAGCCGAACAAAUGGAAGAAAUAAAAGUAAAAGACAGUCUUCGAAAACUUUCUUCAGCUGAUAUCAAAACUGAUAAAUCUCACAGUGCGAAAAUUGCGGAAGUCAAGGAAGCAGAGUUUGAAAUAGUUUCUGAUGCCAAAAAGUCAUUUGAGAUCACUGAACUUUCAGAUGAAGGAAAAAUUGCUGAAAAAUCAGUAACUAAACCUGAAAUUGCUGUAGAAAAGGACCUUGAAACACUAACUCAAAAGCCGAAGGACACAGACGUAAAACCAUCAAAGAAACAAACUGCUGAAAAAUCAUUUACUGAAGCAGAAUCAAUUGUUGAAGAAAAAUUGAAAGAAAAACCAGCAGAAAGUAUUAACAUUGAAGAAUUUGGUACAGAAGCACAUUCGGGAGUAAAAUCAAUAACUGCACCUAUAACAACUCAAACUGGAGAACUUACAAUAGAUACUUCAAAGCCUGAAAUUACGGAAGUAAAAGCAACUAACUCCCAAAAGGCUGAAGUUUCUGAAAUAACUGCAGAACAACUGCAGGAGGGUAAGAUUGUUGACAGCAAAAUGGAAUCGAAAAUUGCAGACCUGAGUUCUGAGGCAUUGGUUGCUCAAAAAUCAGUGACCGAAGCAGAAGAAGUGAUGUUUGAAACUUUGGAAGCAACAGCACAACUGAAAAAAGAAGAAGACAUCAGAAGUGCUGAAUCUCAAAUAGCAGUAUCUUCAGAAAUAAAACUCGAAGCCAUUGAAAACGUUACAGUUGAUGAGCAUAAUGUGAAAAUUCGAAGUGAAGAAGUUGCACUAAAGAAAUUAGUUGGGGAAAAAUCUGUUGGUGGUUCAUCUAUAAAAGAAGAUGAAUUGACAAGUCCACAAUCUGAACAUUCCAAAGUGAACCUUGAAAAGAUCGAAAUCAUCGCAGUUGAUGACAAUAAGGCAAAACUUAGUACAGAAGAACUUCAAUCAGAAAAGUUAAUUGCUAAGAAAAGCAUUACAAAGCUCGAUACAUUUGAAGUUAAACAUCUAUCUGAAGACAAACAUAAGCCAAUUAUUGAAGAUGUGUCUAGGACUGAAAAACAAACUGCCAGUGUUGAUGAAAUUAGAGCAGAAGUUAUUGAGGCAAAGAUUGUUGAAGAUGGUUCAAAGAAACCCAUAACUUCAGAGCUAGUUUCCGAAGCUCAAGAAGCUCAAAAAUCGACCAUAGAAGCUGAAAAAUUGGAAGUCAAAAACUCGGUGGAUGAAAAACGAAAGCAAGAAAUUUCUGACUUGGAUAAAGCGAAAACAGCAGACAUGUCUGAAGAAGAAUCUUCAAUCAAUAAGUCUACCGAACUUUCAACAAAAGAACAAGAAGCAUUGGAAAUGAAGGAAGCUAGUACAAGUAAAAAGGAUGCUGAAGAAAUAAAAGAAGUUUCAAAAAUUGAAGAAAAGAAAGUCGAAGAAAUAAAAAGUAAGGAAGAUAAAAAAGAAGACGAAACAUCAAAACCAAAACGAAAAAAAUCUAAGGCUAGUCCUGAAAAGAAAAAAAUUGAAGAACUUAAAACUGACAAACCAGAUUCCAAUGUUGAUCAAAAUGAUGAUAAGCCCAAGAAAUCGAAAUCUAAGAGUCCCGAAAAACAGAAAUCGGAAGAAGAACAAACUAAACCAUCUCUCAAAACUCAGAAAAGUGAUGAAGAUAAAGACGUUAAGAAAGUUAAGAGGAGGAAAUCGAAAUCUAGUCCAGAAAAGAAGAAAGAAGAAGAAACUGUUGCAGACCUUUCUAAAGAUGGUCAUGUAUCCAAGAAAAAAGAUACAGCUUCAGGAAAAGAAGACAAACAUAUUGAAGAAGAAAUUGUGCAGAAGAGUCAAGAAAAAGAAGAGACUUUGGAGACUUCAAUUGAAAAAAGGUCUAAAGAACAAGAGAAGAAACUUGAACAACCCCAAGCAGAAGAAGCGCCUGCCCUUAUUGGCACUUUCAAGUUUAGUAUUCUCAAGAAGGUUGUGGAGACUGUACAAGGAACAUCUUCAAAUGCUAGAGAAAAUAACGAUAUAUUUUCUGAGAUAUGUAAUCUAAACGAUCAGGUACAAUCCAAACCAAACGAUGAGAAUCUUCUGAAGAAAAUGGCCGAAUCAUUUUUGAAACUACGAGCGAAUAUUGUCUCGAGAGACGUCUUAAGUUCAACUGAGGUUAAAGAGGACAAAUUGGUGGAUCUCAAGUCUUCCUUAAUUGAAGCUCUUGAGCCAAACCAUGAACUGAGAAAACAUAUUUCCAACAAUCUCAUGAAAGAUUCAUUGUUGGUUGUUGAGAGCUUGAAGAAUCAUCUAAUGGAAAAUUCGUCUAAGAAAACUGUAAAAGUUCUUGUUCCAUUUAUUGAACCACUGUCAAAUCUUCAAACUGCCGUUGAAAGUCUUACAAAAGGUGAAGAUGAGGGAUAUGAUAAGUCUUCAGGGCGAAUGGUUAAUCUUCAAUCAUGUCUAAUGGAUAUGUACUUCACUUGUGAUGACGUCAAGCCACAAGUGGAUGAGAAACUCUCAAAAACAGUACAGAGUUUGAUGAAAGUUAUGCUUCAAGUACACGAUAAGGUUGAAAAUGCCAUUCAGUCAGUUGAUAGGGUUGUAAUGAGUCAAAAUAUUGAAGACAUUUCGAUACCAAUUCAACAAAUGAAAGCUAUUUUAAUAUCAACUCCAGCUGAACAAGAAGAGAAAGAUCAAACAAAGAAAACUGGAGAGAAACCGGUAGUUGAAGCAUUGGAAAAAGAUAAGAAACCACCUGUGGAUGAAACAGAGAAAAAUAAAGCUCUUAAAGAUGAAGAUAAGAAGAAUGAAAUUCAAGAAAUUUCAGGUCAAACAAAGAAAACUGAAGACAAACCAGAAGUUAAAGUAUUGAAAAAAGAAAAGGAACCAGUUAUGGAUGAAACAGAGAAAAACAAAACUCCUAAAGUUGAAGAUAAGAAGAAAGAAGUUCAAGAAAUUUCAGGUGUUGCAAAGGAUAAAUCAGCUCAAAAGAAAAUUGAAGAAACAACAGAAAUUAAAAAUGAAGUAAGUGCUGAUAAAAAGAAAUUGACUUCUCCAAAAACAAGCCCCAAGAAAAAGAAAGAAAAGGAGACAAAAUUAGAGAGUGAGACAGAAGAGCCAGUUCCAGUUCUAGACGAUAAACCUGUAGAAGAAAUAGUAAAUGAGAAACCUAAGAAGACAGAAAGUAUUGGUGACGAAGAAGUAAUGAACAAAAAGAAAUCAGAAGAACAAAUAAGUGUUUCUAAACUAAAUGAAGAGAAGGAAGACAAGAAACAGGAAUUCGCUGAACCAACAAAAUUAGUUGAGUCCGAGAAGAUGUCAAGUAAUUUAGAUGUAGAACAAGAAAAGAUACAAAAGGCUAAGCUUUCAGAAAAGAAGGUAGAAGGUAUUGAGACUGUGGAUAGUAAGAAACCAUUGGAAGAACCAACUAAAUUAGAAACAAGUGUUGAGAAGAAAGUUUCUGAUGAACCGGUAGUUGAGCCUAAACAAAUUGACACCAAAGUUUCUGCAAUUGAGACAUCUGAAGGCAAACAAAUUGAAGAAGAAAUUAAAGAACCUACCAAAAUUGAAGAGCCUAAACCUGAAACACCGUCUGCCGAAGCCACUAAAGAGAAAAUAACUGAAGUAAAAGAAUCGAAAGAAAAAGAUUCAAAGCCUAGUGUUACUAAAAAAGGAAGUCCUAAAAAAUCAAGUCCUAAAAAGAAGGAAGUUGCAAAGGAAGCUGAAGAAACUAAGAAAUUAGAAACUGAAACUACUAAGAUAGAAGAAGAAUCAAAAACUAUUAAGAAGAGCUCCAAAGAUGUAGAAGUUCCUGAAGAAUCAAAAGAAGAAAAACAAACGAUAGAAAAGUUGGAUACUGAAAUUGAAGAAAAGGUUGAAAAAGAGACGAAGGGAAUAACUGAAACAAAAUUAGAAGACUCGAAGAAGGAAGAGGCAAAACCGACCAAGAAACUAAGCCCGAAAAAGAAGAUUGAUAAGAAAAAAACAGAUGAAGUAACUUCAAGGAUAGAACCCCAAGAAGUAACAAAAACAAGUUCUGAAGAAAAGUCUGGUGGCAUUGAAUCUAAGACGGAUGUUAAACGUACAGCUUCUUUAGAAACAAAAGAAGAAACGUUAAAGACUGAACAAACCUACGAAGACAAAAUAACCCAAGGAACCAGGGCACGAGAAACAAGCCCGCAAAAGGCAAUUGAAGACACCAGAAUUGAAAGUGAAGAUAUCAAUAAAAAGUCCACUGAACCAGUUAGAAGAGCAGAAGUAAUCGAAGAACCAAAGCCAGCUAGAGCUGCCAAACCCUCAGAGCUAGAAAAAACCUUUGAACAACCGCCACCAGAGAUCAAAGACCGCAAAAAAGAAUCCAAACGUGCACCAAACUUCGACCUUAAGUUGACCAACCGAAACUCUCCACUUGGCAGUGACAUCAAACUCACCUGCUGUAUAUCUGGCACUGAUGUUUCUGUCCAGUGGUACAAGGACAAAACUCCCAUCAAACAGGACUACAAACACCUUCUGAGCUACGUUGAUGGUCUCUCAUCACUCGAAGUUCGAUCCGUUGAGAAAACUGAUUCAGGAAUUUACCGCUGCAUCGCUUCAAACCGCAAUGGUGACAUCGAAACAAGUUGCCUUGUUUCUGUUUACGAAGUUCCAACCGCCCAAUCGGGCACUCCGCCAAUAUUCACUCGCAACAUUCGAGACACAUAUCACUCUCAAGGUAACCAGAUCAUCCUUGAAUGCAAGGUCUCUGGUAAUCCCAAACCAAAUAUAUUUUGGCAGAAGGAUAACUUACUGCUGGAGUUUCCCAGUGAAAAGUACCAGCUUGUGGAGUUGCUGGAAGGCAUUAAGCAACUCAUCAUAGCCAAUCCAAACGGGGAUGACUCUGGACUCUAUACUUGUUAUGCUGAAAGUAUCGGGGGUCAGAUGAAAUUGAGCAAGUUCCUAGAUGUCACUGAUCACAUAAAGGUGCGCAAGGAGGAAAAGCAUCAAGCACCGGAAAUAGAAAAGGUUGUGGUUCAGGAUGGUAAAGAGAGAGCUGUUAGAUCAAGAGAAGCAAAGAGAAAACUUAGAGUUGAGGCACCGCUAAAGAACAUGAUCAUUGGUAGCGGUAACAAAGCCCAACUUCUUUGUAAUGUUUCCGGUCCAAUCGAUGAAGUUCAGUGGCACAAGAAUGGAGAACGAAUCUUCAAGGACAACAAGCAUAAAAUAUACAAUAUAAAUGGAACCUUGAGUCUUGAGAUCUAUGACGCCACAACCGAGGAUUCUGGUGAAUACAGCUGUAUUGCGAAGAACGGCCAACACCAGGCAGAAGUUAAGAGCACUUUGAGCAUCUAUGAAUCAGGAUCAGGUUACAAGCCUCCGCCAAGUUUUGAUAGUGCGAUUAGAGAAUCUUUUGACGCCCAUCGCAAUGAAAUCAUUUUGGAGUGCAAUGUUCAUGGAAGGCCAAGGAUAACUUGGCUCAAAGAUGAUCACAUUAUUUCGAACAAUCGUUACCGUCAGUUUGAAGAGGUUGGGGGCCUCCGGAAGUUGGUGAUUCGCAAUCCGAUUUCCUCUGAUUUUGGAUCAUUUUCCUGCUACGCCGAGACUGAUGACCAGAUUGAAGCUAUCGCAGUGACUUUAAGGGCGGUGGAUCUUAAAAAAAUGCAGGCAUACACUAAUGGACAUACUGACACCAGCAGUACAGAUGACUCCUACAAGCAUUAUCGGCCUUCGGAAAGAGACGACCACCACCAUGAAGAAGAAUUUAUUCAAAGCCGUUCGGCUAUGAAAGCUUCUAGCUGUGGGGCUGAAGUUAGGCGAAAGCCAGUCUUCAGUAUGCUCCUUAAUGAUCGAACCGUUUUGGAGGGUUCACAUUUGCGGCUCUCUUGCAAUGUGGUCGGUAAUUGUGAGAUUAGUUGGUUGAAGAAUCACGAGCAGCUGCCAUCGAGUUCGAGAUAUCAGAAGGUCUACAGCAAUGGUCAAGCAACCUUGGAGAUAUUCUCCGUUCAAGGAGAUGAUACAGGAAAUUAUGCUUGUCGAGCAUUCAACGAGUACGGCGAAGCUUUUUCAUAUGCACAGGUGAAGGUAUUCCAGAGUCACGACGAGACUCCUCAGCCACCAACGUUUGUUCGUUAUUUGAAAGAUACCUACUCGCUUAACGAGGAUGAACUCGUCUUGGACUGCCGUGUCCGGGGUUACCCACGACCCGAGAUUCAAUGGAUGAAGGAGAGCGAUAUGAUCAAUGCUGAUGAAAAAUACCGCCCGGUUUCCCUAAGCGAUGGCUACUGCAAGCUUAUCAUCAAUAACCCAACCGAAAAAGAUGCCGGUCUUUAUUCGGUUAUUGCCAGGAACAGUGUCAAAGAGGAGAAGAUAACUCAUCAAGUUGACUUCAGGGGCAAGGAUAGGGCCGUUUUGGAGAAGACACAUGGCUUCUUCCAUCGCGAUCCCAACAAGCCACAUCUUCAGAAUCCUCUGGGUAACCAAACAGUUACUCCUGGUGGUACUAUUGCCAUUAUGGCUGAGUUCCUUCCAACCAGUAGCCCCAUCGACGUGCAAUGGCUCCGAUCAAAAGAACCUCUUACUGGCCAACCAAACGUUAGGACCUUCUACGAUCAUGGAGUUUACACUCUGGCCAUUUCGAAUGCGGCUUCAGAAUGGGAGGGCACUUACACUUGCCGUGCUACAAACGCCUACGGUAAACUCGAAACACAUGCUAACGUAGACAUAGCCGAUAAAGGUGGCAAGGCUGCUGGACCACCAUUGUUCUUAUCACGGCCAGAGACGGAGAUGAAAAUUGCCGUUGGUGAUCCUUUCUCAAUAUCUUUCAGACUGCAAGGUGAACCUAAACCGAAGUUGACACUAUUGAAGGGCACCAAGGACAUCACCAAAACAGACCGUGUUAGCAAGGAAGCCUCAGACGAUUACAUCAGAUUCACUGUACAGAAGUCGCAGGUUGCAGAUUCCGGUACCUACUUUGUGGUGGCUCGUAACGAAUUCGGAACAGACCGAGUAUUCGUCACAAUCACGGUAGUUCAGCGGGCCCGAUCAGCAACACCAACAUCACGUUGGGGUCAACCUUUAGAAAGCUUCCCAGACACUUCAUACUUUAGAGACCCACCUGGACCGAUUUCAACCGAACCGACGGUCAUCGAUGCCGGCAAGAGUCACAUAAGUUUGUCAUGGGGCAAACCACAGAGUGAAAAUUCCGCUCCGGUGAUUGCGUAUCGUGUUGAUGCAUGGAUUGUGGGUAAAGAAGGAGGUGCAAUGUGGAAGGAAAUAGGUAUGACCCCAAUCAACUCGUUUGAUGCCUUCAAUCUUCUGCCCAGCUGUGAAUAUCAUUUCCGAGUGACACCAAAGAAUCGCUACGGCUGGGGACCAUCAGUGCAGACAAGAAGUCCAGUACAAGUUGGAGGAGCUGAAUUUUUACCAGAAUUUAUUAAGAUUUUACCAGGGCAAACCAAGGCUCUGUUAGGCAAACAAUGUACCCUUGAGUGUGUUGUCCAAGGUGCACCAAGACCCAGAAUUAUUUGGUACAAAGAUGGCUUACAGAUAGAAUCUUCUGAAAGGGUUGCAAUCAAACAGUACGGAUCUGUUUGUAGUUUGUCGAUUAGUCAGGUCUUCGAUAUCGAUUCUGGACGUUAUACUUGCGAGGCCACAAACUCGAAAGGAAGAGUUUCAACAUUUGCCCGAUUACAAGUGGUAUCCGAUGAGAAGCUUUAUGCCGCCGAUCACAAGCUGAAGGAACUCAUAACCAGUGAUAAUAUUGCUGCUCUGGGAGAAACCAUUCCGAUCUUCACAAUGCGUCUUCGUGAUCGACGAGUUCAAGUUACAUAUCCUGUGCGUCUGACUUGUCAGGUAAUGGGCUUCCCAAGACCAGAGAUAACCUGGUACAAGGGUGACGAUGAAGUUGAAGAAUCUCGUCGAACUGUCAUCAGCGAUGAUGGACAGUUCAUCACACUCGAAAUAAACUCAACCAAGCUCGACGACAGUGGAACUUACACGUGCACAGCUCGCAAUGAACUUGGAUCAGUGUCAUGUCAUUGCUCGUUGAUUGUUGACAAGGGCAUUCGGGCUUAUAUAUCACCGGAUUUCUAUAUGCCUCUCGAGCCAUUGUAUUGCUUCAAGGAAGGAGAAGAAAUCCGUUUGACAGCAAAAGUCGAGGCUUAUCCAUCGGUUGGAGUUUCAUGGCACAGAAAUGGCGCUAAAUUGCGUCCAAGUCGUCGAAUUCUUACAACUCUCGAUUCAAAUGGAUUUGUAGAGUUGAUUAUAGCCGAGGCCACCCAGAAGGAUGCUGGAAUUUAUGUGUGUGUAGCAUCAAAUGCUGUUGGCCAAGUGGAAACAAGUACUCGAGUGACAGUUGAAGAAGUAACAGAGGAUCAACGAAAGAAAUUACCACAAAUCAGAGCUAGCAACUUGCCAUACUCUGAGGAACCACUUUUUGUUGUCAAACCACGUUCAAGUGAAGCUUACGAAGGUGAUACUGUGAUUAUAUUCUGCGAAGUAAUAGGUGAUCCAAAACCAGAUGUCGUUUGGCUAAGGGAUUUCUUGAAGCCUGAAUACUACAAGGACGCCCCACACUUCCGUCGAGUCGGAGACGGUCCUGAAUAUCGUUUGGAAAUUCCCAGCGCAAAAUUAGACUUCACCGGUACAUAUUCGGUUAUAGCAAGCAAUUGUCAUGGCCAAACGCAGGCCAUAAUUUCUCUACAAAUCUACGCCAAAGACAUAAACAAACUUAAUUCAAUGGAAAAAGGUUCAAUUCGUCAUGGAAAUGUCGAGACUCUUCCAUUAUUCAUUCGGCCUUUAAAAGACUUAAGAUGCUGCGAUGGGGAUGCAGUAACUUUGGAAUGUCAUGUCGAAGCAGUUCCAGAACCGGCCAUUAUUUGGGAAAAAGAUGGACACGUCCUGCAUAGUGGAAAAGACAUCGAUAUGGUUUAUGAUGGAACCAAAGCCGUACUCUCCAUUCGCCGAAUCUAUCCAGAAGAUGAGGGUGAAUACACAUGUGUGGCGAAGAAUAACGUUGGUCGAGCACUCUCAUCCGCUUGUAUUAUUGUUGAUGUUCCCGAAGAAAAGGAGAAUCAUCUAAGUCGACAAUUGGCUCGUCCAUCGGGCUUAUUGUCAGCUAGCUCCACACCUCGUUCGACACCACGAACAACACCAAAUCGAAGUGUUUCCCCUCUAAGACUGUCUUUCCGCCAUACUAGCAUUGACUUGACAUCACAUCGAAGAGCAGUUGCUGCUCCGAAAUUCUAUGCCAUUCCGCAUAAUAAAGUUGUAGAGGAGGGUGAUAGCGUACGAUUCCAGUGUGCAAUCACUGGGCAUCCGACACCAUGGUCGACUUGGGACAAGGACGGAAUGAUUGUCACUCCGACUACGAGAACUUCUAUUAAAGAAAUCGAAGACUUAAGAGUUCUAGAAAUCGAUGAAGUAACAUUCGAUGAUGCUGGACUCUAUCGCAUCACUCUGGAAAACGACUAUGGACGAAUUGAGGCUACAGCGAGGCUGGAUGUCAUUGGAAGUAGCAAGCAUUCAAAGUCACCCAUGGGUCGAGCGGUUAGAUCGACAUCGUCCCGCAGGAAUUUCUUCAUAUCUCGCCGGAUUAUGGGACCGUCUACUAGGAUCGGUGGGCGAAUGGCACUCUCGACGAGUAUGCGAGGAUCAUCGGUGCCAGCGAGAAAGUUUUAUCACAAUGGUGACGAGGUGAUGGAAUCAGAACGAGUUCAAAUUAUUUUGACAGAUGGUGAGGCUUGCCUGAUUGUGGAUAAUGUCACAGAGGCCGAUGAGGGUAUUUACACGUGCAUAGCACAAGAUGAAUAUGAUGUACAAGCGACAUCAACUGCGAUUGCAUUUUAUAAUGACGAUACGGAUAUACCGUAUGAUCCACCAAAAAUUUUAAGACACAUGUCAAGGACAUUAGAAGUUUGCGAGGGAGCGACCACAGAUCUAGCUUUCGAGCUGGAAUGUUUUGAGCCUUAUGAAUAUGUUUGGACAAGGAACGGAGAAGUUCUACCUGAUUCAUCAGAAUUUAAAUACAUUGAUCACGGCAACGGUAUCAUCUGCCUCCGCAUCCAAGACACUUUCGACCUUGACACUGGUUUAUAUGAAUGCACAGUGACGUCCAAUUAUGGAACCUGUUCAACAAGAUGCGAGCUACAAGUCGAUGACCGACAUCCCGCAGCCAGUCAUGAUGAAGUUGAUAGAUCUGGUCUAGCAAUACUCAAGAAUCCACUUCCAGUGCUCGGAAUAGAAGGCAUGAUUACUUCGUUCUGUGCCAAGGUAUACCCACCUGAUUCACAAGCCAGUUGGACAAUUUGUGGACGCGACGUCACAGUUGACUCACGAAACUUUUCGCUGGAAGAAUCACAUUCGGACGGAGUAAGAAUCUUACACGUCCUCGGUUUGGAUUACAGUCAUAGUGGAGAAGUACAGUUCACUGUUCAAAGCUCUGUCCGUCCAAAAACCGAUCGCAUAACAACCUGCACAAGUCUGGUUGUUCUGCCAGGCCUGCCAAAGGCUCACUUCCAACUGGACAAUCUAGCCACUGAGGAAGCAUCAGCUGUUCCGGCCUUCAUCAAUCAAGGACCCACUGAUUGUACAGCCCUUGUUGGGGAAACAGUGAGAUUAAACGUCACAUUUGGUGGAUAUCCAGUUCCUUCUGUUAAAUGGUUUAAAGCGGGCCGUCCGAUUAUAGAAGGUUCGAAUAUCAAAGUACACACAAUAGCGGGACAAUCGAUACUUGAACUGUCAUCGAUUACAGCUGAUGAUAGUGGCAAAUAUACAGUUGAAGUUAUGAACGAUCACAGCAGUUAUUAUUCGGCAGCUUCGGUGGCAGUCGAAGGACCACCAGAGCCACCUAGCGGCAAGCCAAGCAUAUCACAGGGACCUGAUCGUAUUGCGGUAGCAUGGUGUGGACCGCCAUACGAUGGAGGCUGCAUGUUGACGGGAUUUAUAAUCGAAAUGCAAGAAGAAAAUAACGGUGAAUGGAAGGAAAUCGCCACAGUUGUGGACUCUUUAGCGUAUACAGUGAAAAACCUUACUCCAAAAUCAGCCUACAGAUUCCGCGUUCGAGCUGAGAAUAUCCAUGGAAGGAGUGAACCCAGCCUGGCAAGUGAUAGAGUUGAGAUAGCUGGUCCAGAAGUAUCCAGGGAAGACUUCCAAAAGACAAUCUCUAUCAAAUCGGGAGGAGACUUCAAGGGUCGUUUUGAAAUUCUCGAGGAAUUAGGCAAAGGUCGAUUCGGAGUCGUUUAUAAGGUUCAAGAAAAGGACACAAGUCAAAUUUUGGCAGCAAAGGUGAUCAAAUGUAUAAAAUCAGUUGAUCGACAAAAAGUCAAAGAAGAAAUAUCCAUCAUGAAAUCGCUGCAACAUCCAAAACUUCUGCAAUUGGCAGCCUCCUUUGAAAGUCCACGAGAAAUUGUGAUGGUUAUGGAAUACAUAACUGGAGGAGAACUUUUUGAGCGAGUAGUGGCUGAUGACUUUACUCUAACUGAACGGGACUGUAUUUUAUUUUUACGCCAAGUCUGUGAAGGCGUUGACUAUAUGCACAGUCAGUCAAUAGUGCAUUUGGAUCUCAAGCCUGAAAAUAUUAUGUGCCAUACUAGGACUAGUCAUCAAAUUAAGAUAAUUGACUUUGGACUGGCACAACGACUGAAUACGGACUCGCCAGUUCGGGUUUUGUUUGGUACACCAGAAUUUAUUCCACCAGAGAUCAUAAGCUACGAGCCCAUUAGCUUCCAAUCGGAUAUGUGGAGUGUGGGAGUGGUAUGCUAUGUACUACUAUCUGGCCUUUCACCAUUCAUGGGUGAUACCGAUUCGGACACGUUUUCGAACAUCACCAGAGCUGAUUAUGAUUUUGAAGAUGAUGCCUUCGAUGCAGUAUCACAGGAAGCAAAAGACUUUAUUUCCCAUCUGUUAAUUCAUCGCAAGGAAGAUAGACUGACGGCUAAACAAUGUUUAGAAUCAAAAUGGCUUACACAACACCAUGAUGAGAAUCUUAACAAUAACAAGAUUUGCACAGAUAAACUAAAGAAGUUCAUUAUUCGAAGAAAGUGGCAAAAAACUGGAAAUGCAAUCCGAGCUUUAGGUAGAAUGGCUAAUUUAUCAGCGUCGAGAAGAAAUUCAGCUGUUUCGACAGCUGGAUCAGUUCCCAGUAGUCCGAGACCAUCGGUUUCGGGAACUUCUAUAUUUAGUCCGAAUGUUACGGGACAUAUGACAUCGUUGAACGAAGAGGAGGAUGACUUCAAUCCGGACCUGCCCAGUGUAGAACUUAAGUUAAAUGUUAGAAACUCACUGAAGGUUCGCGACAAAACACAGUGCAGUGAGAGAAGUGAUUCCGGGUUCAGUGAAUGCUCGAAUUGUAGUGGAGGAGUGAAUAACUCAUGCCACUGUCCGAAUUUAGUUAUUGACAGAUCGUCAAAUACGUUACCAAAAGACCCUGAAGAAGUUCACAGUCCUCUGUCCGUUGCAGUUCCACAUGACAUUCUGAAAACCAAGCUAGAAGAAAUAGCAAAGACCCAACUCGUAGAUCACGAUGGCUCACAAACUGCACCACUCGAAUCAAAGCCAUUGUGGGAGACUAAAUCUACGCACAACAAAGAUAAAGACUCAGAAGAGUCUCCCUACUCAGAUUCCAAAUCACCUGACCUACAAUUCAGCUUGGAACACAAGAGUCCCAAUGUGGCACCUGAAACGGCGCCAAUAAUGCGAUCGGACUUCACUAAUACCAUAAAGAUGCGCAAGAAGUCCCUCGAAAAUAAUCUUCUCAAGGAAAAAGUCAAGCCUCCCAAGGUGAUCCUCGAAACUUCGGGUAAGGUUUCGAUGCUUAAGAAUAAAUUUAGUCAAGGACCAUCAUCGGCAGGAAAAUCCGUGAGUAGUAAUUUUGAGUGCAAAACUAAUCCUAAGCCUAGCAUUGAUGUGAAUAGGCCCAAAAAUGUGUUUGACAGAUUGACGUCCAGUAACAAAUCAAAUGGGCCAUCGAAAACCUGUGCCUCAGUGUCCUUGCCAGGCUCUCCCCUUCCAGUUCGCUCAGCGGCGACAAUGCGGUUAAGUGGGCGUGUUCGGGAAGCCACCGAACGCCUAUCGCAACCUAAGACUCCACAAGCUACAAGAAAAUUCACCAAUUCAACAACAAUCAGCACAAACAAUAACGAAAUAAAUCUUAAAAAGUCAACUUCAGAUCAUCACAAUGCAAAGAAUCUCAAGGCCUUCAGAGGUCUUUCUUAAACAAAAAAAGAGAGAGAAAAAAAAAGUAAACGAAAAAUUGAAGAGAAAAGCAAAAAACGUUGAAUUCCUCUUUCAAAGACGAAUUUGUUGAUAACGUUUAAAUCAUAAUAAAUAAAUUAUAGAUAACAACGAGACCCCCCAAAAUUAAUUCGAAUAUUAUAAUUUAUGUAGUUUUGUGUAAUAUUAUUUAUUAAGUACGUUUUUUUUCAUUUUGUUUUGUCUUCUUAUUCUUAUUAUUGCCUUAAAUUUUAUAAUUAUUAUUUGAUUGUUUUUCUGUUUUUGUAAUAAUAUUUAAUUUAUAAACAAAUAUUUAAUUAUUAAAUCAAGUUUAAUUUUUUUUGUUUUGUUUAUGUUUCGUAUACGUACAAUAAAUAAGUACAUAAUUAUAUACAAUUUAAUUAUAUAUUAUAAUCUUAAAAUUUAGAAUGUGCAUACUUUUUAUUUAAUAAAUAGUUGAUGUACGACAUUUUAAACUAUUAAAUUUACACCCCAGUGUUAAAAGCUCUGGUAGGUGGUAGCCAUCUUUGAUAUGGAUUUAAUUAGAAUAAAGUUCUUAAAAAAAACAC